UAAAUAUUCUUUUGUAUAAAAUGGAUUCCGAGAAUGCUGUUCAUACAGGAUAUUUCAACGACGGCAUCAGGCGCAUCGACAUAGUGCUGGUGUUGGUUGACGAUGGCGAUCCUAAAACAGAUGAAAUAAAGACCACGUAUUUUUUAAACAUUUUGAAAGUUGGUCUGGAAGUGGAAGUUGAGAAUGGUGUGAUGAAGUCCCAUGCGCAGUAUAUUUUCGUGAAAGUCCACGCGCCCGACAGUGUGCUCCAACUGUACGGCGACGUGUUCAACAUUCGGAAACACUUCAAGGACAACCACGUGGAGUUUGUUAAUGCUGGCAACAUGUACAUGAAAGUUCUGAGCACUAUUUUACCAUUCUUGUACGAUAAUCGCGAAAAGGAAUGGAUUAAGAUUGUCCGGAAGCAAUAUCCGGGACAAGGAAUCUUUUCCACGCUAGAGAGAAGUCAAAUUGUUUACAGAAUGCUUUUAGUAUUGCCGUUCGGCAGUAAUGAAAAUUAUGUCGGCUUGGAAAGGUUGAUACAGAAUAACAUUAUAUUGGACGCGUACGCGCUGCACGACGGCCCCUACUUCUUUUUGCCUAAACAAGACAUCAGCAACAAAGUGAAUGCCCGACAGAUACUUUACAAUAACUGGAUGGGUGCCGAUAUGAUUAUUAAAGAUCAACCUCUCAGUUUACUGCAAGAGUAUUUUGGUGAGAAGAUAGCGUUUUAUUUUGCGUACAGCGAGUUUUUCAAUCGUGCGUUGAUUUUAUGUGCUGCCGCUGGCGCGUUUAUGACGUACCUGGCGUAUCAAGAGAAUACAGCGCUGUGGGGGUUCUUCAAGCGUCGUGGGCUAGAGGAGACAUUCUGCAUUACUCCUACAGCUAGAAGUACGCACCUGUGUCCAAGAUGUCGUGACUUCGAUUUGUGUCCAUUUUACGAAGCAUACACCGCUUGCAACCAAUUAUACCUUAAUUUUUUCAUAGAAACGACGAAUAUGGUGAAUUUUAGUCUUUUUAUCAUAGUAUGGGGUAAAGUAUAUUUUUAUCUAAUAUAUAUUAUUAGUAGGUCUUAUUUAGACCAAAAUUGGAAUUGGAACUAUUUUAGGAACGAUAUUUGUUACACUUUGGAGGCGGCGGGAGUGUUAUCUGUCUUGGCUGUGGGAACUUAAUAUGGACGGGGCUCAUGUAACCAGGCCUGGCUACAAAAUCAAUUUGAAAUCUAUACGACGAUCAAAAGUUACAGGGAUUUUAAGAAGUUACGAAUCAGUUGGGAGGAAGAUUCUUCUUAUAUUUAAAGCAAUAUUUAUUCUUUGUUUGUUUUUGGUUAUUGUUUUCCCCAUGACAAUAUUCUGGGCGCAUUUUCAAUUCGUGGUUUUGAAAGUAGCGAGGGAUAAACAAUUACUGUACCCACAUAUCUCUGGACUUUUUAUAUUUUCUUUUAUUUACGGAAUGGCUAAUACGGUCCUUGAAAAAGUUAUACAGAAAUUGUCUUAUUUGGCAAUUCGUAUCGAAAAUCAUAAAACACAAAAUAAUUACGAAAAAUCUUUAAUUGUCAAACAAUUUGGAGCGUCGAUGAUUUUUAAUUUUUCGUUUUUCUUUUUUCUUGCUUUCGUCAAGGGUCGUUUGUAUACGUAUCCGUACGAUGUCAAGAAUUGGAAAACAAUUGCUGGCAUCGGAAUGAUGAACUGUGGUAUAGUCACUUGCGCGCUCGAAGUGGGCACGUUGCUUUGCGUCUACGUAGUAUUAAAAGUGAUAGUACUUAAAGGAAUUCCAGCUCUCUUCAGAUAUAAGACCGACUAUAACCAAUGCAGAUCGAAGAACGCUAAAGUGCCAUGUUGGGAGAGGGAAUUUAGAUUAAAUAAUGUUGAUGAGCAAUUUAUUAUGAACGAGUUUAAUCAUC